AUGAGGCUGCUCCGGUUUUCCUCACUGCCCAGCGCCGGCGGUCCAGCGUGGAGGGCGCGCGGGAGGCGGGCCGGCCCUGGAGAGGGCUCCCGCGAGGGCGGCGGCGAGGUGGCGGCGCGGGCCCGGGCGCCCUCUGCCGGGCCGGCCCCGGAAGCCCGGACUCGCCGCUUCCGCAGCGGAGUCUCCCCUCCCGCUCUCCCGCCGCGCGCGCUGGGCUGCGCUCAGAAUCCCCCAGGGAACGGGGGUCCCGCCCUGGAGAAGCCGUCUAGGUCUGGGACAGCCAGUUCUGGGGCCACCCGUCGCAUUGUUGGGCUCCCUCUCCGGCUUCUCGGACCGUUGGCUCUCCAGCUUUUGCUCGAUCUCCUCCGGCGACCCCCCAGCACCCUCAACAUGCAUGUUCCUCCUUUCAACCGAACAGGACAGGAGUACGGCCCCAUUUCACAGAGGGUCACCCAGGGGAAACAGAGGAACGAGAGGACUCCGGCCCGGCUGGCGCAAGCAGGGCAAGGUUCCCGAAGGAGCCCUCGGAACAGGAAUAGGGGUCUGACUCCAACGGGGAAGUCCUUCCUGGUGUCUGACCACCAUUCCUCCUGCUGCAACUUCAGCUAAACCUUACAAGUUCUGUCCUCAGCGGAGCAAGACCUCCCCGGCCGUACCAGUAUCCAAGUACCACGCGCCUGGGCGCGUAGAUGGACUCAGUUUCCUCGGUGGGAAGUUGCACUGCCUCUGUGGUGCCCCUCUGUUUAUGGGAGUUCUGCUCCACCGCACCUAGGUCAUCUCACCCAUCCCCCAGCUUCUGAACAGGACGCCGCCACAUUCUGUCAUUGAUCUCAAAACUAUUUGAGCGCCUACUAUGCCUCCGGUCCGAGUUCCUCGCCUCAACUCCCAGCCCCUCCGGCGGCUCCCUAGGCUUAGAGGAAGGAGCGGGAGAUCCAGGAGUGCCGAUCUCCAGUCCAGGGCGCAGGGUAAGAGAGCUGAAGGUCGUCGGUGACUGGGUGAAGCCACUGGGGUAGGGCGGGGGUGGGCAGACGCCGGCGGGUCUGGGUGCUCAGGGGCCGCAGAAAGGACACUGCGCCAGGCGCCGCUGCCUCCCAGCGCUCGAGCCCAGCGCAGGAUUUCCCAUUCUUAGCGCAAGGAAGACCCCUUGUGGCUGUUGUGAGAAGAGCCGGCGAAGAAAGGAGGCCAGAGCCGGGAGAUGACAGUCCCCUGCCCAGCCUCCCUGCUAUCCUGCCUGGGGUAGGGACUUGUUCCCUAGGGGGCCUUCGUGGCUCGCUAUGCCCAGAAAUCCUCCACCCAUUCCCAUACCAUCAAAACCCAAUAACUGGGACUUCGGGAAUAGAGUCUUCUCGCCAAACCACAAGGAAAAAUAAAACACAAACAGUAGCAAGUGAAACUGUGGUUAGAUUCCUGGAAGGACUUCUCUCGAAGCGGCUGGGAAGCAGGAGGAUGGAUUGCGAUGAAGGGAUGAAAGAAGACAGGCUUUCCGACCCUCCCCUUCCCUGGCAGUGGGGAGAGCGUUCUCCGAGUUCUCCGAGGAAUCC